AUGACCAACCAAUCGCUCGGCAAAGUGAUCCCUAACAAGUACUUCUCGCAGAACAACGCGAAGGAUGUCUGGUCGCUGACUAACGAGGCUGCCGCCGCGGCUGCCAAGAACAGCAAGAACAGCGGUCGCGAGAUGAUCAACAUGGGCCAAGGGUUCUUCUCGUACUCGCCACCGCAUUUCGCCAUCAGUGACGUGCAACAGGCUCUGGAGAUACCGCUUGCGAACCAGUACUCCCCCACUAGGGGUAGGCCAAACCUUAUCAAGGCUCUGGCCGACCUGUACACGCCUCUGUACGGACAGCAGUUGUCCGCGGACAACAUCACCGUGCACACGGGUGCCAACGAGGCGAUCUUCUCCUGUCUCAUGGGGCUGCUGAAUAAGGGCGACGAGGUGAUCGUGUUCGAACCGUUCUUCGACCAGUACAUCUCCAAUAUCGAACUUGCAGGCGGGGUCGUCAGGUACGUCCCCAUCAACCCGCCUCGGGAACUUGACGACAGGGUCACGCGUGGCACAGAGUGGGAGAUCGACUGGGAUAUCCUCGAGAAGACGAUCAACAGCAGGACCAAAUGUGUCAUCAUCAACACCCCGCACAACCCGAUCGGGAAGGUGUUCACUAGGGAGGAGUUGCUCAGAUUGGGCAAGAUCUGCGUGGACAACAACAUCGUGAUCAUCUCAGAUGAAGUUUACGAGCAUCUGUACUUCUCGGACGAGUUCCCCAGAAUCGCGACUCUGUCCCCAGAGAUCGGACAACUGACCUUCGCGGUAGGGUCCGCGGGGAAGACGUUCGCGGCUACUGGUUGGAGGAUCGGCUGGACUGUGUCGUUGAACAAAGAACUCCUCAAUUACGUCGCAAAGGCACACACAAGGAUCUGCUUCUCCUCGCCAUCGCCGUUCCAGGAGGCUAUCGCGCACGCACUGCCGGAAGCGCAGAAGAUCGACUACUUCGAAACAAUGAGACAGGAGUACAUCCAGAAGUUCAAAAUCUUCACCGCAGUGUUCGACGAAUUGAAUAUGCCUUACACCGUCGCAGAGGGAUCGUACUUCAUCUGUGUCAACUUCUCAAAGGUCAAGAUCCCAGAGGACUACGUGUUUCCGCAGGAAUUGCAAGAGAAGGCAAAGGAUUUCAGGAUCUCGUACUGGCUCAUGAACGAACUCGGGGUCGUCGCCAUCCCCCCCACAGAGUUCUACAUCAAAGAACACGAAAAGGCAGCAGAAAAUCUGCUGAGAUUCGCGGUCUGCAAGGACGACGAAUUCUUGCACAAGGCUGUUGACCGUCUACGCUUGUUGAAGGACUACUUGUGA